AUGCCAGAGGUCAUUGACCUGAUCGACUCCUCGCCGCCGCCCCAGCCUUCAUAUCUGCAACCUCCCCCCUCAACGCAAGCGCGUCAUUCACCCAUCCGAUUAUCCUCCCCAUUCCGCCCAGGAGUGGUGGCAGCAGUAGCAACAACCACAGCGACAAUUCCAGCCAGUUCACCGAAUUACCUUUCCUCCGAUUUUGACUCAUCUUUAUUCACCUUUGAGACACCUGGGCGUUCAGCCAAGAAGCGCAAGUUGACUCCUCAGGGUGAACGACCAGUAGCGGCAUCACCACCAUUACCAGUGGUAGAAGCUCCACCUCGAGUUGUCACCAAGUCGUCGACGCAGACUGUAAUUCACAGUGAUUAUUCGCUCUUUAAUUUCUCAGAUGAUGUUGAUCCGCCAAGUUUGCCCACGGUAAGUAAGACCGAUGGAGGCAGUUCUACUACUGGUACAGCAGGCAACACUACAUUCACUGCUGCAACCACUACAUACACCGGUGUGUCAACAUCUAAGACGAAAACAUAUAAAUGGGAUGGAGAAGAAUCGGAUCCGGUUGUAUUCACAUCCUCUGCGCCGGAGCCUACAACGGCAAAGAAAAGGCAAAAAUCGCGACUAAACAAACCAUCGGACGAUUCACGAACCAAAAAUUGGCCGUCCGUUAUUAACAUAGAUGAUGAUUUUGAUGAGAUUCAGGAUUGGAGCGAUCCGUUCAAUGUAUCGCUGGAGGAUCCGUUGGAUAAACUCUUGGACGAUUCACGGCCUUCAUUGAAACCAGCUUAUUCUGAUCGAACUGCGGCUUUGUUGGCGAGCCUUCGUACCGAUGAUAAUACAGAAACAACGUCGAGUACGACUACUACCUCGAGGCCGAAGAAGUCUACAACAAAUUUUGACAUUUUGGAUUUCGAUUUUGGUGAAGAUACACUCUCAGAUGUGGCUGCGCGACCUACAGAAACCUCAAGAACGAAGAGGAAACCCAAAGUCGAUGCCGAGGAGAAAGCGGCCAAGGCGCGAGAGCGAGAGGCUACUAGAGAAAAGCGCAAGCAAGAAAAAGAGGCCGAGCAAGAACGGAAACGGGUAGAAAAAGAAGAAAAAGCAAAAGAGAAGCAGUUGGCUGCAGAUAUUGCUGAGGUGAAUAAAUCAAAGAUUCACAAGAAAGAAUCUAUGCCAGAAAUGAUUGUCGAUAUGGCAAGUACUUUUGAAGGAACCAGCGUUGGAAACCAAGUGGUUGAAUAUAUCAAGACCCUAGGUGCUGAGCACACUUUUUUUGACAGCUCGAUGCCUAAUAUCAUCAAAUGGCGUCGAAAAAAGAAAGCUGAAUAUAAUGAAGACGCAGCGCGCUGGGAACCGUGUCAACCUUAUGUUGCGACAGAGGACCAUGUCUUGUGCAUGCUUCCGGCACAGGAUUUUGUUGACAUGGUCAUCUGUGAGGAUGAUGCGCAAACACUCGACAGCCAUGUACAGAGAUUGAAAAACUCGUAUCGGAACUGCAAGCCGAUAUACCUGAUUGACGGUCUUAUGACAUGGAUGCGCAGGAACCAAAACUCUCGCAACAGAGCGUAUCAAGCGGAGGUUCUAGCCCAGAUCAACAACGUCAAUGAUUCAGUCGAAGAUGAUAGGACUCAAGGCAAGCAGCGGAAGCGACCAACCAAGACAAACAAAAAGCCCGAGGAUACACCUCUUGUGGCUGACGACACUAUUGAAGACGCUCUACUCGAGCUACAAGUCACCCACAACUGUCUAAUCUACCACACAAACGCUGCCAGCGAAACGGCCGAAUGGAUCAAAAACUUCAGCGAACACAUCUCCACGGUCCCAUACCGACACGUACAAAUGGGCAAUUACGACGGUGCCGCAUUCUGCAUGGAGACCGGACAGGUGAAAACCGGUGAGGAUAAAGUUGACACUUUUGUCAAGAUGCUUCAGGAGAUCAACCGCGUUACUGCGCCCAUAGCAUAUGGAAUAACAUCCCAGUAUCCGAGCGCGGUUGACCUGUUACAUGCCAUGAAGAAGCAUGGUCCGACGUUGUUGGAGAAUGUUAGAAAGUCGGCUAAUAAGAAUGGAGCGUUGACAGAUUCGAGGAUUGGGCCGGCGGUUAGUAAGAGGUUGUAUAAGGUUUUUAUGGGGCUGGAUGAGACUUCUGCCGAUAUUUGA